AUGAGACAAUUAGUGAAGAGUGAUGGUAUGGUGGCGCAGUUAUCAAUGAAUCCUGGAGAAAAUCCGAUGAUUAUUCUAUCAUACAAUUAUCAGAUUCAAGAUCUCAGAAGAUGUUGCACAAAAUCUUAUGCAUAUGCACCACUAUCUGUAUUAUCUGCUGAUGCUGAUGAAUUUGAGAAUAGAUUGAUCGAUCUAGAAGAUGUUUGGAAUAUAAUAAAGAACAAUAAUUUAGAUAAUUAUCGAAGUAGCGCAGACUUUCAUGAUUGGUUCAUAACAUAUGGAGCAGAGAGUUUUCAAGAACAUUUGAUGGCUGGGGUACGAAAUGCUGCAGGGUAUGUCAAUCAAGAUCGUUCAUCACGUCUUUUUUAUAACAACGACAAUAAAGCCAUCAGAUUUAUACAUAAUAAUCGUGUGUGGGCCAGUACAUUAAAUGAGGAACGUCAACAAAUAAUAAAAAAUUAUUAUUCUUAUCAGCCACCAAUACGACGACAAGUAUCAGAUUUUAAUAUCCCUACAACAUCCGGUCGGAAACCGGAAAAGUCCAGCGUUCGAGGUUCCACAACAACACCAAAAUCCGGCAGAACUUCGUCAAUUACUCCAAAAACAAAACGCGGUCAAAAAAAGCAAUAA